AUGGAUAACUGGGACGAUGGCAAUGACUGGAGGCUCGCCGCAAACGAUACCGAUUCGCUCGCUGCCCUACAAGAUCUCCGUGAGGAGCUUGACUGGUUGGCUGAGCAGCGAGACCAAUAUCUCCAGGAAUACAGUGCAUGGAUGCUUGAACAAGACGGAGAGGAAGAUGACGACGAGACGGAAUCGGAAGCAGAUGAAGUUGAGCUAGACGACAGCGAGGAGGAGGCGGAGAUGGAAGCCAAGGGCGUUGAGUUGAGCGAGGGCAACGCGCUGCUGGGAGGUGGGGACACUCAACUUCUUCCGAUCCGCGGACACCAAGCUCCCACGGCAAGCCUCGUAGUCAAUCGAGAGGACGAGCGUUCUGCCAUUCUUGCAGCGACCGCCUUCCUUUUCGAAUGCCAGUCGUACAUACCGGGGCAUAUGCAAGGUCAGUAUACCCAGGCGGUCCGGGAACUUCAGGAAGCUGCCAUGCGCAGCAUCAACAGCAUGUCUUCCACAGCUUCCGCAGCUUAG